UGCAGUCAGCCUGCGAGGGAGUUACGCUGGUCCUGAUUCUCCUGGAGUCUCCUGCCCGCCCAGUGGCCGCAGUCACCCAGGUCCAGAGGCCGCGGUAUCACAGGCUCUCCGACAUGUCUAUGCUGGCUGAGCGUGAGUGUCCGAAGCAGAGGCCCGACCCGGGUCGGCGGAAGCAGAAGUGGGCUGUGGAUCCUCAGAACACUGCCUGGAGUAAUGACGAUUCCAAGUUUGGCCAGAGGAUGCUAGAGAAGAUGGGGUGGUCUAAAGGAAAGGGUUUAGGGGCUCAGGAGCAAGGAGCUACAGAUCAUAUUAAAGUUCAAGUGAAAAAUAACCACCUGGGACUCGGAGCUACCAUCAAUAAUGAAGACAACUGGAUUGCCCAUCAGGAUGAUUUUAACCAGCUUCUGGCUGAACUGAACACUUGCCAUGGGCAGGAAACCGCAGAUUCCUCAGACAAGAGGGAAAAGAAAUCUUUUAGCCUUGAGGAAAAGUCCAAAAUCUCCAAAAACCGUGUUCACUAUAUGAAAUUCACAAAAGGGAAGGAUCUAUCAUCUCGGAGCAAAACAGAUCUUGACUGCAUUUUUGGGAAAAGACAGAGUAAGAAGACUCCCGAGGGCGAUGCCAGUCCCUCCACUCCAGAUGAGAACGAAACCACGACAACCAGUGCCUUCACCAUCCAGGAGUACUUUGCCAAGCGGAUGGCAGCACUGAAGAACAAGCCCCAGGUCCCUGUUCCAGGGUCUGACACUUCCAAGACGCAGGUGGAACACAAAAGGGGGAAGAAAAGAAACAAAGAGGCCACAGGUGAAGAUGUGGAGAGCUACCCCCAGCCUAAGGCCAAGAGGCACAUGGAGGGAAAGCCCGAGAGGGCCAAGGCCCAGGAGCGAGUGGCCAAGAAGAGCGGGCCAGCGGAAGAGCAGCUCAGAGGCCCCUGCUGGGACCAGAGUUCCGAGGCCUCUGCUCCGGAUGCAGGGGACCAUGUGCAGCCACCUGAGGGCGGGGACUUCACCCUGAAGCCCAAAAAGAGGAGAGGAAAGAAAAAGCCGCAAAAGCCAGUAGAGAUAGCAGAGGACGCUACGCCAGAAGAAACGCCGGUGAAAAAGAAGAAGAAGAAGAAGAAAGAUUCCAAAUGAAUCCUCCCCAGCCGGAGCCUUCCGACCACUCAGCUGUUAGGGCACUGCUGGGGCAGACACCUCUGGCCUGAAGUCAGAGCAGAGUUCACCCCAGAGCGUCUGGGCGCAUCUUGUGACAUGCCUGUGGGCUGCUGGGUCCCGCCCUCUCACCACAUCUCCCCCAAGUUACGUUCCCAGGAGGGCCUUUUUGACGUUCUAAAUAGUGGCUCUCAGACACAAAUAAAUUUUCUUGUAAACUUUGAGCCCUUCAGCAAGAGUGUUUAAUUAUAAUCAUUACAAAUACAUGCAUUCAUGUAAGUGUGCACACGUGUGUGCAUGCGCGUGUCUCUGUGUGUGUGUGUGUCACUAUCUCUGUUUGCUCUUGGUUCCCUUCAGUAACAAUGAAUGGUGCUUUCUUCUGAAAGACUCGGCCUAAUUAAAGGAUUAAGAGGCAA